UGCGCGAACAUUGCGUUGUUUACGCUUUGAUACCAUAAACCCAUAUCAAUCGAUUUCUUUUACAGAAAUAUAUUUCUACGCUAAAAUUUCAUUUGAUACGGUUUUUAUAAGACUGAAUAGCAGUUAUACAGUCUAAGCUGUCUAACUCUAGACUUAAACGACACUUUACUUCGUGCAGAUGCCAUACUUCUACAGAGGAUUAUAGGGAAUACAUUUUUGUAAUUAUAGUCUAUAGAUUAUAGUUAUAUUAUUUACGUAAUUACUAUAAGUAUAAGCAUAAGUAAAAUUCAAAAUUCAGUAUAUUGUGCAUGCUCAUCGAUUCUUCCUUGAUUUUGCUUCAAUUCUGAUGAUUUGUUUAAGUAUUAAUACGAGUAUUGUACGGGCAGUGGCAGGUGAGGUUACACUUUAACCAGUGCGCCACAGAUUAUGACGCCCACCAAAGGCAUGAGUCAAUUUCCAUAGGAUGGCUCCGAUCUGCGGCGUAAUCCUUUUCUAGCGCAAAAAUGCUCACAGAACGGAUACCGAUACGCUACAAAUUUACACAGACGAUGACAGACCAUUCGCCAGCAAGCCAAGCAACAAGUGUGGUGCGCUUUUGUUGCGGAUUUACGGACUGAUACAAUUUAUAUCUUGUUUUCAGUGUCUGGCACUUGAGAUUAAUAAUAGCCAGCGUCUUGGAAGAGGUGCGGUAAAAUGUCCUGGCAGAAUCCGUACAACGCCACUCCAGCAGGUGCAUUGCCUCCGGGUUACCCCACCAGCAGCACUACUGGCAUGCCACCAGCAGGAAGUUACAACCAACCAUAUCCAGCUGGGGCUGUACCCGGGGCGCCUGGGUAUCCCACUUCGGCUACGCUUCCCCCAGGUUAUCCAACUAGUUCCAGCGCACUUCCGGCCGGUUACAACAUGAGUGGAAGUGGACCGUACCCGGCUGGCGCGCUGAAUAUGCCGCCGUACAAUCCAGCAUUCACGCAUCCUGAUUCGCAGGCCCAUUCUUAUCCGUAUCCCGGCGCUUAUCCUUCCAUGCAAUCUCAAACGCCGUAUGGUCCACAGGACGUCGUUGGCUAUGUUUUCCGUUUGAGUGAUCACGAAAAAUCCAAGCACCACUUCGACGUGAAAUAUUCUCCCAGCAUAGACAAGUAUGUCCGCAUGUCUGACCACAACCAGGAAAUUGCCGGAUGGCGAUCUUUGGUAUAUGCCGAACAAAACAUACAGCAGAAAGUGGAACACGAUCACCAGAUGUCGUAUUUGGCGCGCAAGGAAAAUGGCGUGUUUGGCCGUAUUGAAUGGCGCUUCGACUCCACUGAAGCGGGAAAACGAAUUAAGCGCCUGCACGUUAAGUUCCCAUGGAAGCUGUACGAAGACGGUCAGGUUCACGCCUAUAUCGCUACGGAGCGAGGUGAAAAUAUUCCCCUUAAAGAUUCGGAUCGCAGUCAAGAGAUUUCCGGCGUGGUCGGACUUCAGCGCUUUUCUAUCAUCGCGGAACUGUCCCGUGGUCAAGGUGAACAUGCUUGGCAGCACGCUCAACUCUUUCGCCAGAAUCUCAAACCGGGAUUUUUCUCAACGGAUGACGCUCACUAUCCCUUCCGAUUCUCCGUCGAGCUGGAUUAAACAGCUCAACUUCUGAACCACUGCAAGUUAUGAAUUUUUACCGAUUUCUUCGAAUAUUAUCUGCUCGCUCUCAUUCGGUCGAACUUUUCUUUCCUUUCUUGCUACGAUAAUUAAUUGGUGAUUGUACUCGUAUAAAUUACCGAUAUUAUUAUUAAGACUUGCUAUCAUAUUUUAUUUUUUGCGUUCUAACUGAUUUGUCCCAGCAUGUCGUCCUUUUACUUUAGAUAAACCAUGAGAAACUGAAAACUUCGACUUAAUAUCACUCUUGGCCUGUUCUGUUUACAAGUCCUGUAAAUCUCUCGCAUAUCUGAUUCUGUAUCCAUCUUUGUUGUAAAAAAAUCAG